AGAUGAACGAAAAUUUCUCAAAACAAUUAAAUUUAAUAAAAAUUUAGAAAAAUGGCAACUUCUUGUGAAUUUCGUAACUGCAACAACACCUCAGAAGAUACAAAAGUCAACAGAUUGAAGAUUCACGAAAAUCUGGCACGAAAAUGGGAUCAAGUGUUCAACGAAAACUUGACAAAUCGCAUCGGAGACUAUUUGUACAUUUGCUGCGCUCACUUUGAUAUCAACACGAAGAAGUUAAUUCUACCGAAGCCGAUUAAAGAACCCGGGGAGAUCAUUAAAGAGGCUCCAAAAGUCGUCGAACGGAAGGAAAUUGUUCAGAAAUCUGCUCCAAAGAGUCAGAAAAAGACAGUUUUUGAAGCUCCCGUAAAAUCGAAAAAUUUGAACAGCGACAGUGACGAUGAUGAACCUUUGUUACAGAAAAACCAAAUUCCAGCUGUUUCUUUUCCAACUCACAUUGAACAAACCUUCAUAGAAGUCGAAAUGGAUCCCGGAUUGGUGCCUGAAAUCAAAGAAGAAGCUCCCGAAGAAGAGAAUCACGUCGAAAAUGACGAUCAUUGGCAGGAAGAACCUCGCGAACGAUCCCCCGUGAGACAAGAAAUCAACUUAAAAGCCAUGGUUCCUCUAACGAUGCAACCCAAAGUCCUUCUUGGCGACUUGAAAAAGGUUAAAAAACGAGCAAAUGUUCUUCGCGACAAAAAACGCUACGAAAAAAAGAAGCGAGAACUCCAAAAAGUACUUUUUGACCUCGAAAAAGCAAAAAUGAAGAACGAAUUAAUGCAAAAAGAUAUUCUCAUGACACGAAAUCGAAUAAAUUUCAUCGAAAUAAAUUUCGGCGGAGCAGCAUCAAAACGAAACAAUCCCGAUUUUUUGGAUGGAAAUGAACUCUGAUGAACAAUUCAUGCGAAAAAUUUGUAAACAAACGAAUAAAAUUUCAA